AUGGCUCAGUGUAAUAUGUGCAUUAUGGAGCCUGAGAAUUUUGAGGAGGCUGAUCUAGAUGAGUCUUGGAGAAGGGCAAUGGAAGCUGAGUUAGAAAUGAUUGAGAAGAAUAACACUUGGCAGCUUGUGGAAAGACCCUUUAACAAACCAGUCAUUGGUGUCAAAUGGGUCUAUAAGACCAAGCUUAAUCUAGAUGGCACUGUACAGAAGAAUAAGGCUCGAUUAGUGGCUAAAGGCUACUCACAAAAACCUGGAAUCGAUUACAAUAAGACUUUUGCCCCAGUGGCAAGGUUAGAUACCAUUAGGACUUUGAUAGUUCUGGCUGCACAGAAGGAAUGGCAUUUAUACCAACUGGAUGUCAAGUCUGCGUUUCUGAAUGGAGUUCUAAAAGAAGAAGCGGGAUUUAAGAAAAGUCCAAGUGAAGCUACACUUUACAUUAAAACUGAUGAAGGCUCAGGUAUUCUCAUUGUCUCUCUUUAUGUGGAUGAUAUUGUUUAUACUGGAAGUUGUGUAAAAAUGCUUGAAGAAUUCAAAAAUGACAUGAUGAAGCAUUAUGAGAUGACUGAUCUCGGGCUGCUCUAUCAUUUUCUUGGCAUGGGAGUUGUGCAGACUGAUAAAUACAUAUUUCUCCAUCAGAAGAAAUAUGCAAUGAAAGUGAUUGAGAAGUUUGGUUUAAAAGGCUGUAAGUCUGUGGCGACCCCCUUGGUUGCAAAUGAAAGGCUAUGCAAAGAAGAUGGAAGUGAGAUGGCAGAUGAGAGUGAAUAUAGGCAGAUUAUAGGCAGCCUGCUAUAUCUGACAGCUACUAGACCAGACAUAAUGUUUGCCUCUAGUUUGCUUGCCAGAUUCAUGCACAAUCCUACCAAGAAACACAUAGGAACAGCCAAAAAGGUGUUGAGAUAUGUUCAAGGCACACUGGAUUAUGGAGUUGAGUUUAAAAAGGGCAAGGCAGCUACCUUAAUAGGCUACUGUGACAAUGACUGGGCAGGCAGUGAGGAUGACAGAAGAAGUACCUCAGGAUAUAUGUUUACUCUGGGAUCUGGUAUGUUUUCAUGGGCCUCAAUCAAACAGAAUACAGUAGCUCUGUCCACUGCUGAAGCAGAAUAUGUGAGUGCUGCUGAAGCAACAUCACAAGCUAAAUGGCUAAGGUUUAUACUUGAGGAUUUUGGAGCGGAGCAAGUGGAAGGCACACCAAUUCUGUGUGACAACACCUCUGCCAUAGCAAUGGCAAAGAAUCCUAUCUUUCAUCAGAAAUCCAGGCACAUAAGCAGGAAAUUCCAUUUCAUCUGA